AUGCGAGGACGAAGUGCCGGUGAAUCUCGGGAGCCAGGAAACGUCGGGGUCACAGGGGGCAUCUUCAAACAAACAACUCCAGACAUCAGUGAUGACAUCACGUUGCACGAAUUUCAAUUCCUGGAUGACAGCAGAGCUUACUCGACGCAGCGCUGCAGGCGCACGGUGCUGGAUGAUAGCAGAUGCUGCCAGGUCUGCGCUGCGGGACGGGGAGACCGCUGCUACCGGACCGUGUCAUGGAUGCACGGUGUCAAGUGCGGACCGGGACUCUUCUGCGACUUCUACAAGGAUGAGGAUGAUUAUGGAGAUGAAUAUGGCAUCUGUAAAGACUGCAUGUAUGGAUCUUAUGGUGUGGAAUGCCGGAAAACAUGCAAAUGUAAAGCAAGGGGACUGUGCGACAGAGAAACCGGCACUUGCCUUUCCUUUAAAUUUCUGGCUAAAAUGGCCAUGCUUAAAUCACAGUCAAAUGAAGGUAAUGAUCUGGGUUUGGGUGACAGCAGUAACAGUGAUGCCAGCAUUUAUCUGUCCUCUGCUCGUAAUUUUCUACCCCCUCGCUGACAGCAACUCUCCGUUUAGUCAGUCUACAUGAAGCAUAAUAAAUUAAAGGA